AUGCUGAUGACUGACACCCGUAUCGUGCAAGACUUGAUAGCGCCGUUGUCAUCUUCCAGCCUAUCUCUAAACACAAAAGAUAUCCAGAAUAUAUUCGCGAUAACUGCCGAAUGGAUUCUGGAUGUGGCCCGCUGGCAUGCGAGCAACAUUGUUGAUGAACAUCAAAUGGGCGGCUUGAUGAGCUCGCCGGAUGCACUAGCGUUAUUUGAGUCCUUGGGCAUUUUGUUAGUUGCUCUAUCAGCAACGACUAAGGCCCACGAUGCUCUUACUUCUGAGAGCACAUCAGACUUCAAAAUCACGCUUGGGCAAGCUCUCACUGCAUACCUGUCAACAUCAGCCACUAUAUCACUGAAUCUACGAAACCGACUCGACAGCUUACAAAAGGGCUACCAAUUAUAUGGGGAGCCGCCAUCUAAAGAUCUCGACGUACAGAUGAUGGACGGCAUGAACAUGAAUGCCCUUCAAUUUGAAGCGUCCGUUCUAGAUGGUCCAGUAAUCAAUUCCAGAGCUGGACUUUAUGUCUACAUCAAUGCUUUACUCAUUGGCCGACCUCUGUUUGAUGAUGAAAUGUUACUGAGUUACCUGUCCAACCGCUACGGAGGUCAACAAGAAGUGCUCAUCCAAGAGCUCAUUACCGCUACAUUCGACGUACUAUCUAAUGCAAUGUACCGAAACGAGUCAACCCGGAACAUGUUUAUAUUUCGGUCAUUCCUCGUCAAUAAAUUGCCACUCUUCAUCGCUGGCAUGGUGGCCACAUCGAUGGAACAAAUACCCAUGGAAAUGUGUAUAAGUCAUGCACUCAAUCGAGUUGACCCGAAUGCGUUCCCAUCUUUCUCCCAAAUGUUCGAGAUGUCAGGAAAUACCGUCCUUUCAGAUGUGCGGCAAGAGUUUUUAUUUGCAUGCGCUCUUCAUCGCUUGAUUCCCGAGGCUAGCAUUGAGCGCUUGCUGGGCGAAAAUCCAAUGCAGACACUACCUGUCGGUGGUAGAUACGUCAAGGAUAAUAUUGUUGCGCAGAUCCUAUCUAACCAAGGCGCUGCUGAUCGAUUGAUUUCGGAGAUUGAGAUGAUGGAAGGCAAUGCAGGCGCUGUUGUCGCUGCAGUAACAGAUGUCAUACAUUCCCUUUGCGAACAGAAAGAAACGGUCACACUCAAGAGCAUUUGCGAUUCUCUUUCUCGACGCCCUCAGGUCCUGGAUGCAAUGUUAUUGUUUCGUAGUCCUAAAAGCAUAUUACAGCCCCUGUGCACGCUUCUAGACUCCUGGAAGUGGGAUGAAGACCAAGGCGAGAGUCAACCGGUGUAUGACGAAUUCGGUAGUAUAUUGCUUCUUGUUAUGGCAUUCAAAUAUCGCUACGACCUCAGCCAGUAUGACCUCGGUGUCACCGCAAGCAGCUCGUUCGUAUUGAAACUGUUCGAACGAGGCUCGACCAGUAUGAAACUAACUGGGCUCGAUGCAAAACAGAACAAGAGUGUUGGUGAUUGGAUAUCUGCACUCUUCAUGUCAGAAGGAAUCAGCGAAGAGACAUGCCAGACAUUGGGUGCGUGUGAAAUGGGAAUGCUAGAAUUGGACACUAUGAAAGGCGGCUUUGAAUAUUUACUUCAACCAUUCUUGUUGCCGUCGUUGGUCUUUGCACUCAAAUGGCUGGGAAACUACAUCUGGGAGUCAUCGGAAGCAGAUCUCUUACUUCUUCUGAAGGUGCUCCAUGCUCUUGUCAAACCUAGUUCAAUAUCUGGGGAAGCAGAGGCAUGCCAUCGGACAGUACUCAACAUCGCCGCACGGGGCCUGGAGGAGCAAUUGAAGGACGUACGAACGCGACUACCGGGUGGGCGUUCAGAUAAUCAGUCUGAUAUCCAGCCAAGUCCGCAUCAAGACAUUCAACAAGAAAUCCAGGCUAUUCUGGAUAUCCUUGACCCGUACUUGUCCUUCCAGUGUAACGGGAACAGCCGUCGGUCCGAGCUCGAUUCCUGGACCACACAUGCCGAUGGUAUCUGUGGUGCUAUAAGAGUUACAUUCCAGGGAUUGGUUCUCUGGAGUGCGAGUGCAGAAAUGAGCAUGUCUCCUCAUGCCUAUACGCAUCGACUGAUCUUGGCCGGUAUACGCUUGUCCACGGCAUCAAAUGUCCUAUCAGUCUUGCUCGAUGAACUCAAGGCUCAAGCCGAAGAAGCCAGCGGCAGUCUUGACCUCGCAAUCGAUAUCGCAGCCACAUUGAUAUGCGCGCCCAUCCCAGAAUCCUUUGCCCAGGAACAGACCAUCUACCAUCCCUUAGACACCACCAAAGAAGCAUUCCCGCGGUGUCUACUUUUGACUCUCCGCCAGGCUCUGAUGAUACAACAUCAGAACGUACCAAAACUAUCGGAAAAGGACCCUACACGCGCCGAGGUAAUAGUCAGAUUGACCAGGCGCGUAAAUGCUCUGUUGACACCACCGGCACACGUUGGCGCUCUCGACGUGAGCAACAUCAUAGACGAUAUGAACCUGGAAGCCGCGGCAGCAGCGGCAGCAGCUGGACACGAUGUCAUGGAUCUCAGCAAUGGCAACGGUACUCCCAACGAUCAAGGAGCCGCACCUGGGGAGUCUAUAGAUCAGAUUCUCAACAAUGCAGUUGCAGCAACUGCCAAUGACCAUCAUGGUGCUGGCAACGAGGCGCAUGACCUUGAUACUACGGGCAUGGAUACGAGUCUAGACGAUAUUCUGAAUGCGGCGCAUAUGGGCAAUCCAGAGUUUUUGGAUUUGGAUAUGGAUGGGAUGUUUUGA